UUCUUGCAAGUUGAGACCCAGAUACAGAUAAUAAGCGACUCAAACAACGCAUUAACAUUGGACGAGAUUCGGCGAGUUCGUCGGUUGUACUGCAUUGCUAUUGAAAAUACAGAAAAGAUCAAUUCUCUUUCGAUGCCUGUCAUAGCCUUCUAUUUCGUUAUCAGUAUCGUUGAAUCUCAUUUCGCUUUCCUUUGCACCAUUGCAAACCCAACUGUCUUUUCAAUUGCAGUAUGUAUUGCAGAACUCAGUACCUUUGCUCUGGUCAUUUAUCACAUGAUUUACAUCAACCAUCUUGCAACCAGAAUUUAUGAACAAGUUUACUCAUUUUCAUUCAGGACAGACUCAAUGAUUGUAAGCAAAGAGAUACAAAUGUUCCUAACACGAAUAGCACUUGCAAAUGUUGGCUUGACUUUCUUGGAUAUAUUUGUUAUCACACCAAGUUGCGCCACUUCACUGGCCACGAUAUCAUUGACUAUUGCUUUAGCAACCCCUACACUGGCCUCUCUGGUCAAAUCUUAAUGUUUAACUUCAAUGUUUCAAUCCUUUACCUGUGCAAAAAUAUUAAGAAAAUUUCAUCUUUUAAUAAUCAGAAAUCACGACAAUUUAACUGCAAGGACAUAGGAUUUAAAGCACAAUCGAUAAUUCACUUCGACACUUUGAUUUGGAUUCAAGAUUCCUUAAAUUAAUUUCUCUUUACUCUGUAAAUUAUGUUGCAAUCA